GCGCUGGGGAGGAGGCUGGGCUUGAAACGCUUGAGAAAGUUCUGGCUUUGAAGGAGCGCAUCGUCUUAAGAGGAAAAGACAUCCGUAUCAGGGUGGGGCAGUUAUACCCCAUGUUACCCCAUCACCAGAAGAGUCUGGGCAGAGACUGGACUACACCGUGGGAAAAUCUGCAAAGGUGUUGCUGGAACAGACAUAUUUCUAGUUGUAUGAGGUGGCCUGGACAUUACUCUCGUGCUCCUUACCCCUACUUCAGUAGUAGGCAUUUUUCAUUAAAUUGGAGACCACCUUGUUUGUUUGAGUCUAGAACUCAGUUUCAGUACUGGAGUUGGAGACCUGACAACCUGGGCCAGACAUCUUUGAUUCAUCUCUCUAGUUCCAUCAUGAACUCUGAGGGAGAUGAGCCUUCAUCAAAACGAAGAAAACACCAAGGCACCAUAAAACGGCAUUGGGAAUAUAUAUGUAACCAUAAUAAAGAAAAAACGAAGAUCCUAGGAGACAAAAAUGUUGACCCCAUACAUGAAGACAGUGAGGACAAGUUUGACUUUUCAGUGAUGUCCUAUAACAUACUUUCGCAAAAUUUAUUGGAAGAUAAUUCACACCUCUAUAGACACUGUCGGCGGCCAGUAUUACACUGGAGUUUUAGGUUUCCCAAUAUUCUGAAAGAAAUUAAAAACUUUGAUGCAGAUGUACUUUGUUUGCAAGAAGUUCAAGAAGAUCAUUAUGGAACAGAGAUCAGGCCAAGUUUGGAAUCGUUGGGUUAUCACUGUGAAUAUAAGAUUCGGACAGGAAAGAAACCAGAUGGCUGUGCCAUUUGCUUCAAACAUUCCAAAUUUUCACUCUUAUCAGUGAACCCAGUGGAAUUCUACCGCCCUGAUGUUCCUCUGUUGGACAGAGACAAUGUUGGAUUAGUAUUACUCUUGCAGCCCAAAAUUCCAAGUGGUGCCUCUCCUGCGAUCUGCGUAGCUAACACACAUCUGUUGUAUAAUCCAAGGCGAGGUGAUAUUAAGCUGACCCAGUUGGCAAUGCUGCUGGCAGAGAUUUCAAGUGUUGCCCACCAGAAAGAUGGCAGCUUCUGCCCUAUUGUUAUGUGUGGAGACUUUAAUUCUGUUCCUGGUUCCCCGCUCUAUAGUUUCAUAAAGGAAGGAAAAUUGAAUUAUGAAGGACUUGCCAUAGGAAAGGUGUCUGGCCAGGAACAGUCUUCACGGGGACAAAGAAUUUUAUCUAUUCCAAUUUGGCCCCCAAACCUAGGUAUCUCACAGAACUGUGUGUAUGAGGUACCGCAGGUACCAAAAGUAGAAAAGACAGACAGUGAUCUGACACAAACAGAGCUGGAUAAAACAGAAGUCCUAGCGACAGCUGAAAAGUUAUCUUCACACUUACAGCACCAUUUCCGCUUGUCAUCUGUUUAUUCACAUUAUUUUCCUGACACUGGAAUUCCCGAAGUGACCACCUGUCAUUCCCGAAGUGCCAUAACCGUGGAUUAUAUUUUCUAUUCUGCAGAAAAGGAAGAUGUUGCUGGGCAGCCAGGAGCUGAAGUUGCUUUGGUUGGUGGCUUGAAACUUCUAGCUAGACUGUCACUUCUUACAGAACAAGACUUGUGGACUGUUAAUGGACUUCCAAAUGAAAACAACUCUUCAGAUCAUCUGCCUUUACUGGCCAAGUUCAGACUUGAGCUCUGACUCUUCUUUGAUUACAUACAUACUUUUCUUUCCAAUUUUAACUCUUUUUCAAAGACUGUAAAGUUGUUCUUAAGAGUUUGCAUGUUUAUUUUUGCGCCGUGGAGUUUCUGAAGAGGUUUUGUUAAAUGCUUGGAAAAGAUAUCAGAAGAAACAAGUUUACAACAAUUUUCUUUUCAUAAUGAAAGAAUAUUUUCCUGACAAGUGAGAUCUAAAUGCUCUUUAUUGUAAAAUAAUUGUAAAUAUUUUUUAUUCCAAAUACCAGUAAAAUAGACUGAUUUUUAAAUAUAGUGCAUCUUCUUUAGUCCUCUUAGUAAAAGCUUCCAUUUCAUGUUUUUGGCAAGUCUCACGGUGGGUCCCAAGUGUCUUUGAGUUCUUGCAAACCACAACUCAUUUCCCUUCCAGAAGGCCGGAUUUAUUGUGAGGACCAUAAGUUUGUUGAGUCCUAAUUUGUUCAUCUCAGGAAUCAUUGGGUCAUUCACAAGUAUCCAGCCAUUUUAGUUUGUUUUUGAGGGGUUUAUAAUGCUUUUUAACGUUGUGCAGAUUGUUUAAUCCAUCUCGUUACUAUCCUGGGACAUAUAAUACAUCUGCAUUUCGUUGAGGACAUAGAAGUUCCGUAACUGGUGGGAUGAGGACUUUCCACAACCCGCCCUUCCAUCCUAUACAGACCGACCGUUGCAGGAGGCGCAGAUGGGGUUUAUGCCUUCAUUUCCAGAGCAAUUUUUUUUCUUUUUUCUAUUCAGUUUCAAGAAAAGAUCCCUGGGUUAGGGAGAGAUUUUAUUUUAGCGAACCAAUGCUGUAGAAAUUUAUAUUAUUAGGAAACUUGUCUUUGGAACAAAGUGGCAGCUAUAAGAUUAUUUUUGUUUUUACCUCAAAAAUUUGAGGAAGGCAGCAAAAGUCUAGUGGGGAAAUACUGACUUGGAGACCUAAUGUUCUUUUGUAAUUUUAACUGUUUAGGGAUUUUGUUUCUAAAAUGUUUUCUGUUAUGAUGCAACAGUGAGAGAUAUGCUGACAUUUUUUAUGAGUGGUUAAGAGCCGGUCUAAUAAUCUUGCAGUUGGCUCUGUAUGUUUGAAUCAACAUUUUUAAAACAUAGAAAGUGAAAAUUUUCUCAUUUUUAGACAUGGAGAUCAAAGAAUUAUGUGCAUUUUUACUGAGUAAUUUUAUAUUGAAUUAUACUAAAUUAUAAAAGUUUUACAGUGGGUUUUCUGAAUAGGAUGCUUCAUUUUAAAUCAGAAAGCAGUAGUUGCUUUAUAGUCUUAGACUUUAAAAGUUUUUGUACUAAACUAUUGACUGCCAUUAUUUAAAAAAAUUUUUUUUGAUGAAUACCCCAAAAAGGCAUGUGGGCAGGUUAUAAGGAUUUGUCUAGUAAAAAUUGUAAUAAUACUUUUAAAUGUUUAAUUUCUCACUUUGGGGUUUUUAGUUUAUGGUAUUAACUAUAGUUCUAGGAUUUUCCACAUUUUCUAGUCACAGUUUUCAAAAUAUUAUAAGCUGUCCUAAUUAGCAGAUAUUAUCAUCAUCAAAUAAUAACAAGAUAGUAUAAUUAUCCCCUUUUAGUAUUGGAGAAAGAAAAAUGAAACUUCAUUGAUUGCUUUCUGUUGUGUGAAUUAUUAACAAAUAACUUUAUAAAUAGGUAAUUACUGACAAACUAACAUCUCUGAAAACCUCUGUGGAAAUUUAAUUUUUCAUAUCCUGAUUAACAUAUCGUGACUUUAGUCUCUUUUCAUGUGCUUCACUUUGAUAGAGUUAAUCCAUAAAAUUGCUUUCUACUUUA